AUGGCUGGUAUCUCCUGUGCGCCCUAUCGCCAGCUGUGCAUCGAGCACGGCGCCUCUCUGUCCACGAGCGAAAUGGUCAUCGCUUCGGCGCUACUGUUGCGCAACCGUCGCACCCUCAAGCUAGCAUCCUAUGCACCCGACGAGAGUUUACGGUCCGUACAGUUGUACGGUGUACGACCGGAUCAAGUGGAACAGGCUGUACGGAUGUUGGUUUCGGAGCGGAAUGUGCAUCACGUGGACCUCAACUUCGGCUGCCCCGUGCGCAAAAUCACGGCGCGUGGGGGCGGCUCAGCACUGCCGUUGCGCCCUAUGCUGUUUGCAAGGCUGGUGGCUGCGGCGGUGCGGGGCGCAGGCGGGCAGGUUCCGGUGACCGUGAAGCUUCGAGUGGGGCUCACUUCGGAGCUACCCACCCACCUGCAGGCAAGUGUUGGUUGGUGCGGGGACAUGGUUGACGCUGGGCGCAUAGCGGAGGCGGAGGGCGCGGCGGCGCUCACCCUCCACGCGCGCACGGCAGACCAACUGUACAGCGCUCCAGUGAUGUGGCAUGCGAUACGUGAUCUAGUGAAAACCGUUCAGAUUCCCGUGAUUGGAAACGGUGAUGUGUACGAGGCAUCCGAUGCCGUACAGCUCAUGGAACAAACUGGCUGCGCAGGAGUAAUGGUGGGUCGAGCAGCGUUAGGGCGACCGUGGGUGUUUCGGGAGGUGGCGGAGGCGCUGCACGACAACAAGGAUGAUCAUGAUGACGCCUCCAUCACCACUCCGGCGGCGGCGGGGGCGGCGGGGGCGGUGCUGGCACCGCCGGUGCUGGGCAAGGUGGUGGCGACAGCGUUGCGUCACGUAGAAGCUGAAGUGGAAUGGUACCGGGAUUACGAUCCAGAGGAAAGGGACUCUAUUCUUCGUUUCCGUAAGUUCAUUUCGCUGUACUUGUACGGCUUCAAAUCCGCCACGCAACUCAAGGCACGGCUCAUGGUAGCGGAUAGCCUGGAGCAGUGGCGGGCGGCAGCGAACGACAUUGACAUGUACGACCAGAGCGAGCCGUACCCGGCCUCCGCAGCACGCCACCCACGGCUGAAGGGUGGCGGCGCGCCUGUACGGCAGCGCAUGGGGCUACCCAACGGCUGGCUGGACGAGCACCGAGGCGGCGGCGGCGCCGCGGAGGCUUGCCUUACGGACGAAGCAUGCGAGGGCUAACGGCGACGCGCCUAAUGUACGGCUCUCCCCCUAUGAUUUAGCAAACCCGGUAUCCAAAAGUGUGACACAUUGUGUCCACCACCAAUGGGCCGAUGGGACGCUGAUGUUCGUCUUGGAGCUUACCCCAGCUGAUAACCCGGGCUCUCGAAACGUGCAGACACCCCCCAAGCCCAAGACCAGCAGGCCAGCUGUUCAAGGCGCUUUCACGCCAUUCAAGGGCCAAGACCAGAACAUCCUCGUCUCUGUGCAUUUUGGAUGGCGGAGGAGGUGGUUUUCGUCCUGGGCACGUGACCAUGAAAGACAACAGAAAUGUGUUUACGUGUGUGGCUCAAUGAGCUGAACCGCGAGGAGGAAGUGGUGAAGAUGAAGGAGUACACAGGGGCAAUUUUACCGGAGCAAGUAGUCCCAUGUGUGUUCGUAUGGGAAUGUGUGAGGGGGUUUUCGACACGUGUCCGACAAGUUGAAGUCAUUGCGG